UGCCGGUCAUUGAAUCGAAUCACGUGGGGGACCCGGAUUCUUUGUAAUACGGAGUGACACCGACAAUUCAUUGUAAAUCUCUGCAGACCUUGAUGGAGUGAAUAGUAUUCAGCAGUGGCCGGGUGUCUGGGCUAGAAGCUCUCCUGUACAAACAGCGGCCUGCAGAGAGUGCUCCAGUGUAUUGUUCAAGCACAGCACUGGCCUGAAGGAUUCAUGAGUACAUUCAGGCUGAGCCUCCUACUAACAAGUCCCUGUCAAGCCUGGUAGUUCAGCUGUUACAGUUUCAAGAAGAGGUGUUUGGAAAACAUGUCAGCAAUGCACCGCUCACUAAAUUGCCGAUGAAAUGCUUUCUAGAUUUCAAGGUGGGAGGUUCUCUGUGCCAUAUUCUUGCUGCUGCUUAUAAAUUCAAGAGUGACCAGGGAUGGCGCAGGUUUGACUUUCAAAACCCAUCUCGUAUGGACCGGAAUGUGGAGAUGUUCAUGACCAUUGAAAAGUCCCUUGUGCAGAAUAAUUGUCUGUCUCGACCAAAUAUAUAUCUUCAUGCAGACAUAGACUCCAAACUCCAGAGCAAGCUGAAGGACAUUGUAAAAAGACAUCAGGGUACUGUAACGGAGGACAAAAGUCAUGCUUCCCAUGUGGUGGUUCCAGUUCCUGGCAACUUGGAGGAAGAAGAAUGGGUGCGACCCAUACUGAAGCGUGACAAGCAGGUUCUUCUUCACUGGGGUUACUAUCCUGACAGUUAUGACACUUGGAUCCCUGCAAGCGAGAUUGAGGCACCAGUGGAAGAUGCACCUACUGCAGAAAAGCCACGCAAGGUGCAUGCCAAAUGGAUUCUAGAUACAGACUCCUUUAAUGAGUGGAUGAAUGAAGAAGAUUAUGAGGUGAAUGAUGAUCGUAAUCCUGUUGCACGUCGCAAGAAGAUCUCAGCCAAGACGUUGACUGAUGAAGUGAGAUCAUUACUGCAAUCUCCUGUUAUAGAGGUAAGCAGUCCUGAUUCGGACCGCAGGGACAAGAAGGGACCUAAUUACAAAAAGAGGAAACGUUCCCCUUCCCCUCCCCCAAGUGCAGAAGCAAAGAAGAAGAAUGUCAAGAAAGGACCCUCGACUCCUUACACUAAAUCCAAGAGGGGUCACCGCGAGGAGGAACAGGAGGAUCUGACAAAGGACAUGGAUGAACCUUCACCUGUGCCUAAUGUAGAAGAAGUAACCCUACCCAAAGCUGUCAACACCAAGAAAGAUUCUGAAUCUGCCCCAGUAAAGGGAGGCACUGUGACUGAUCUUGAUGAACAAGAAGAUGAAAGCAUGGAAGCAGUGACAAAGGAAGAAGAUGAGAACUCUUCUGGGAUCAAAAGUGAACAAGUGAAGACCUCUGACCUUCAUGAAGACAACGUAACUGAACAAACGCAUCAUAUUAUUAUCCCCAGCUAUGCGGCCUGGUUUGACUAUAAUAGUGUACAUGCAAUUGAGCGCCGAGCACUGCCUGAGUUUUUUAAUGGAAAGAACAAAUCCAAAACCCCUGAGAUCUAUUUGGCAUAUCGAAAUUUCAUGAUUGACACGUAUCGGCUGAAUCCUCAGGAAUACCUCACUUCAACAGCAUGCCGGCGCAACCUGGCAGGGGAUGUUUGCGCUAUCAUGAGGGUCCAUGCCUUCUUGGAACAGUGGGGAUUAAUUAAUUAUCAAGUGGAUGCCGAGAGUCGUCCUACACCAAUGGGACCACCUCCCACUUCGCAUUUUCAUGUCUUAGCUGACACACCAUCAGGAUUGGUACCACUGCAGCCCAAAACACCACAGACCUCAGCCUCACAGCAGAUGCUCAGUUUUCCAGACAAAGGUAAAGAAAAACCAAGUGACCUGCAAAAUUUUGGCCUAAGGACUGACAUGUAUAGUAAGAAGAAUACAACAUCCAAGAGUAAAUCUGCUGCGAGUGCCACAAGGGAAUGGACUGAACAGGAGACUCUUUUAUUGCUAGAGGCUCUAGAAAUGUACAAAGAUGACUGGAACAAGGUGUCCGAACAUGUUGGCAGUCGCACUCAAGAUGAAUGUAUUUUACACUUCCUGCGGUUGCCUAUUGAGGACCCAUAUUUAGAGGACUCGGAAGCAUCUAUUGGUCCGUUGGCCUAUCAACCUAUACCAUUUAGCCAGUCUGGCAACCCUGUAAUGAGUACUGUAGCCUUCCUGGCCUCUGUGGUGGACCCUCGUGUAGCAUCCGCUGCAGCCAAAUCAGCUUUAGAGGAGUUUUCCAAGAUGAAGGAGGAGGUUCCCACAGCAUUAGUAGAAGCCCACGUCCGUAAGGUGGAAGAUGCAGCAAAAAUAACUGGCAAACCUGACCCAGGUUAUGGCCUCGAGAGCAGUGGAAUUGCUGGCACUACUUGUGAAGAGAGUGAGCGAAUAAGUGAGCGAAUAAGUGAGCGAAUAAGUGAGCGAAUAGAGGAAAAUACUACGGAAGAACCUCCUUCAGAACCACAGCCCACAGAAGAGAGGAAAGAACCAAAGCAGGAUUCACCCAUAGAGCCUGUAGUAGAAGAGGAUGUAAAGGAGCGUGUUUGUGAUCCUGCAAAGAAAGAGGAAGAGAAGAUCAAAGAUGACACAGACAAGGACUCUGAGAAGAGUGAUGUAGAUAUGGCUGAUGGGGACAAAGUCUCUGAUAGUAAAGAAGGAUCAGAAGAAACAGAUAAGGAGGAAUCCACUGUGAAGAACAAGGUGGAGAGGGACAUUGGAGAGGGAAACCUCUCUACAGCUGCUGCUGCUGCCUUGGCUGCUGCUGCUGUGAAGGCAAAACACCUGGCUGCAGUGGAGGAACGCAAGAUCAAGUCACUGGUGGCUCUGCUGGUGGAGACUCAAAUGAAGAAACUGGAAAUCAAACUGAGGCACUUUGAGGAGCUGGAAACCAUCAUGGAUAGAGAACGGGAGGCGCUAGAGUACCAGCGGCAGCAGCUUCUUGCAGAUAGACAGUCUUUCCACAUGGAACAGCUAAAAUAUGCAGAGCUGAGAGCACGUCAGCAGCAUUUCCAGCACAUUCAGAACCAACACCAGCAGCAACAUCAGACCCCCCCUGGCAGCCAGCCUGUACCCCCCACUGCCCAUUCCAUCCCUGUAACACAAGCUUCUGUGACACCUGCACCAGGGAGCACAGCAAUCAGUUCAGAAGGACUGGUACAGCCAAAUGCACCCCCAUCACAACCACCGGUGAACAGUCAGCAGCAGGGAGGGACACAACCCAGCCCAGCACAAGGUUCUGGUUCGUAUACAGGUCAACCACCACCCAAUCCCAUGAUCCCAUCAGCAGUACCUGCUCCUGCCCAGCCUCCGGUGCCCGGUAAUCAGCACCCCAGCAUGCCUUUGCCUGUACCAUUUAACAUGGGUAGUGACGUAGUUGAUUCUGCUCAUAACAACCCACCAAUUAACCCCUAUUCAACUCCCCUUCCAAUGCAUGGCUCCUUCCCUCCUGCAGCAUGUCGGGUCGGUGGACCUUCCCCCAUCCCACCUAACCCUUCCAUUGCCAUAUCUUCAGCGCCUCCUAACUUGCCGUCUUCCCUGGGGUCAGCUGCCACACACAGCCCUGCGAUCGUAGCUGCAAUGCAGGGAGGGGCUCCCAUCACAACCAGUCCUGUGCCAGAUCCUGCAACGUCCCACCAGCCUCCGGAAUCAGUGGGAAGCACAGUCCCCCCAGUCCAACAGUAACAUUGGGACUUUUCUUGUUGUGGAGGGGGGGGAUACAGGUCAGGGGAGAAAUGUGAACGAUUGUGGAAAUGUAUUUCAGACGCUUAUUUCUGGAACCAGGCCUCCCCCAGGCUUCGAAUCACACAUUGAGCUCUCCAGGGACACAAUAUCCCUUUUGUGUCAUGACUUUUCUUCGUUUAAUGUCAUCGGUGGCCUGGACCUCAACUGUUUACUGUUCAAGUCUACGGAAAGGUAUUCUGUGAGGGAACAAGAGGAGACUAUAGCACAUCCAGGCUCCGUUUGUUACCCCUGUCUCGGCUGUGGAAGUGUGGAAAAGUAGUGCACAGCAAAGCAGGACUGUGUGUACCUGUAAUAACACACGGGAAAAGAAGAAUGAGCUUGAGGACUGAAUGGGAACUGAUGCAGCUAACCUAGACAUUCUUACAAGAAACGCAGCUACUAAAGAAGUCAGGAAGAUGAGCUGUGUCAUUUCCGCUGCUGAUAGAACCACGUUCCAGACUCUUGGGACUCCAAUGACAGAGCUGAAAAUACAUUUUAUUUUUGUUUUUCUAUAAGAUCAGCUGUGGGUGAAUUUAGCUCUGCUGCUGCAGGUAGAGAUGGCAUUCCAGUACAAUUCUGGAACAAUGACUUCAGAUCUCAGGCAGCAGAGUUUAAUAUAUAUACAUUGCUGACAAAUCCAGUUCUCUUGGUAUUUCAGUUGUUGGUGAAUUUUGCCUGUUAUUCCAGAGGAGUCGGCGCUUCUCUUGUUGCAUCUUUGCGUCUGUUGUAACCCGUGCAGAGAAAGCAUCUCUUCCAGAUAGAGGUAUCCAGAGCGAUGCUUACUGCAGACUGGAUGUAAUGGGUGUAAGGUAAUUUCAUAGUUUCAUAUUUGUGGGGUCUUAACAGAGAGAUCCGCACCCCUUUGGUUUCUUUGUACAGAGUGGUAAAGUGCACAGCAGCCACACAAUCAGGUUCCUCAUUACAUUCUUCCUUUGUGUCAUGUUCCAUUGGUUGAAGGAGAGGGGUGAGCUAUGUGUAUUCCUGUAGAAGGAUGGCAAUGGGGAAUCUAUGUCUCACUCUACAGUGCACUAUUUGACUUGUUAGUAAAAUAUUUUAGCUUUUAUCUAUAUAAGCUUUUUAUUUGUUUUAUUUUUUUUGUUUUUUUUUUAAACCAUUGUAUUUUAAAUAUUUCUGGCCAGGGCUGGGCAAUCAGGGGUUCAGAGUGCACUUUAAUAAAAGGAGGCUGGGCACUUUUUUUUUUUAUACUGCAGGGUCUACUGACUAGAGAGGAAAGUGUUAGGUAAUAUGGUUUGUUUGAAUGGAGAGGACUUUCCUCGUUUUGGGUGCGUGUGUAGCAACCUCCUUGGAACUCUGAUUAACACCUGAUUAAUCUGACCCCUGUCUGUUUAUGUUACCAGUACCUUAUCCUGUGUCUGUGCAUCUUACAAUCCCCAGCCAUGGGGCAUUAAAAUCUUAAAAUUUAUAACA